CAGAGAACGUUCCUACACACGGACAAAAUAUCCCAAACUCACCCACUGCAUCAUGAAGUUCCUCAUCGUUGCGAUUGUGCUGGCCGUUCUGGCUAAUGCAGAGGCCGCUCCGAGGUUCAAGUCCAAGAUGGCGCCGCAGCCCCGAGUAAGCUGCCACCAACUAAGCCACAACACUGGUGGCGACUUCGGUGACUUUGACACCGCCUGCACCAUGCACUGUCUCAUUCUGGGCUAUCCGUCGGGCGGACAUUGUGACGAACACAACAUCUGCGUUUGCUCUUAGAGGAGGCAUCAAAGUGGCGUUGCCAUAGCAACGGCGGUCUGUCAACACAAAUAAUCAACCCUGACCUGAAACCUGGCUAUUGUUUGUUGCAUCGCUCGAGUGAUUUAUUCAUAAAAGUACGAAACAUGGUCCAGAGGAAGCUAGGGGAGUCUUAUAGAGUUAGCUCAUAUAUCGUAUGUCAAUGUCGAAAGUUAUAUGUGAAGAUAUGUAAGUAUUGUACAUUUGGGAAUGCAUCUAUAGUAGCGACACCUGUGCUGCAGUGCAAUGUGAACCAGUCAGAACUGCCCUGAGGAAAGUGACAGACGGUCACCGAAACGCCGACUGAAUAAAACACUUCACCUUAGUUGUGU